UCCUUUUAGCUCGUCCCAUUUCUUCAGCAUGCCUGAGCCAGCGAAGUCCGCGCCCGCACCGAAGAAGGGCUCCAAGAAGGCGGUGACCAAGGCGCAGAAGAAGGACGGCAAGAAGCGCAAGCGCAGCCGCAAGGAGAGCUACUCGGUGUACGUGUACAAGGUGCUGAAGCAAGUGCACCCCGACACGGGCAUCUCCUCGAAGGCCAUGGGCAUCAUGAACUCGUUCGUGAACGACAUCUUCGAGCGCAUCGCGGGCGAGGCGUCGCGCCUGGCGCAUUACAACAAGCGCUCGACCAUCACGUCCCGGGAGAUCCAGACGGCCGUGCGCCUGCUGCUGCCAGGCGAGCUGGCCAAGCACGCCGUGUCCGAGGGCACCAAAGCCGUCACCAAGUACACCAGCUCCAAGUGAGUUCAUCUAACUCAC